UAGAGGGAGGGAAAGAGACAGUGAACAGAAGCGUCAGAGAUACAGAAACAGGCAGACAAAGACGGGGGCGAACAGUCUAGGAGAGGACCGGAGUGACAGACCCAGGGCAGUGGGGCGGCGGGGAUGGCGGCGGCGGCAGGAGGAGGCGGUCCGCAGGGGCUGCGCCCCAGGGGAGGGGGCGGGGCUGGGCUGGGGGGCCCGGACGCUGUCUCCUGGUCUCCGCCGCCCGCCAUCCCAGCCACGAGCAGCAACAGCCAUGUCCAACAACAUGGCCAAGAUCGCGGAGGCCCGCAAGACGGUGGAACAACUGAAGCUGGAGGUGAACAUCGAUCGCAUGAAGGUGUCGCAGGCUGCGGCCGAGCUCCUGGCCUUCUGCGAAACGCACGCCAAAGACGACCCGCUGGUGACGCCGGUACCCGCCGCAGAGAACCCAUUCCGCGACAAGCGCCUCUUUUGCGUCCUGCUCUGAGCCUUCCCGACAGCUUACCCACCCCUGUCAAAGUAUGAAUCCAAUAAACCUGGUGA